AUGAAGGUUUCAACUGCCCUUGCUUUCUCGUUGGCGGCGGAGGUUGUCCACGCUGCAGCACUCCAGCCACGACAUUACACCUUCCCUGCUCUUACCGGUUCGACCGAUUGGCAAUACGUUCGCACAACCGUCAACGCCCAAAGCAACGCGGGUCUUAGCGAUGUCUCAUCCGAGCAAAUCCGAUGCUACACGUCGGGGGCAAAGAGCGCGCAGACAAUGAGCGUAGCCGCAGGCGCUAGCGUCGGAUUCAAAGCUUCGCCGAACAUCUUCCAUCCAGGGCCCCUCCAAUUCUACAUGGCGAAGGUGCCAGAUGGCCAGACUGCCGCUUCGUGGGAUGGUGCGGGUAAUGUUUGGUUCAAAAUAUACGCUGAGAAGGCGACGAGUUCCGGGGGGCAGUUGAGUUGGGGGUCUUUGAACAAGGGCUCCGUCAGCGUGACGAUUCCAAAAUCCCUUCCUUCUGGUGAUUAUUUGCUGAGAGUCGAGCAUAUUGCGCUCCAUCAGGCUAGCAACACGAACGGGGCUCAGUUCUAUAUAUCAUGCGCCCAGGUAAAGAUUACGGGUGGUGGGAGUGGAUCACCUUCCCCGUUGGUUUCGUUCCCGGGAGCGUACAAGGCAACAGAUCCGGGGAUUAAGGUCAAUAUCUAUAGUGGCGCUACUUCUUACACUCCUCCUGGCCCCCCGGUGUGGACUGGCUAG